AUGGCACCUCAGGCAACCGCCGGCCCAACUGCCACGCUCCGCGCCAUCACAUUCCGGAUUUCAUCAACCUUGGCAGAAAAGCUCCCGCUGCAGGUUCCUGCACUAUCAGCCUCUCUUCCGCAUUGCAAAGCUAUUCUAUCUGAAAGUCCAAACUCAAGUUCAAAAGCCACCUCUGAGACAUCUGUCGUUGUACACAAAUUCAAGACUCAGCUUUCCACUCUCAUCCAGCACCGUUCCGUUCAGGGAAGAUGGGCAGGGACGGUUCUUAUUAAAUCCACCAUCGAGGUCGGCGGAUGGGAGACUCUCCAAAAGAGCGGGCCAUGGGUUCGAAGUCUUCUGGCAAUAUUGACAAAGCCAGACCCGCCAACGUCUAAGAGACUUAGUAUCAUAACUUUGACUCGAAUAUUUUCGCUGACGUGGGACUACCCUACGCUGGUCCGAGAAAUCACUACGCCUUCUCUUCCAACUUUCAUUCAGUCAUGUCUUCAUCUAGUCUCCACUAGUACUUCGUCGUCGUUAGUGCAAACGGUGCUCGAGAGUUUCAACCAGUUACUCCCACGGCAUGCUACUGUCUUUCGCACAUAUCUAUCUCAGAUUCAGAAGCUCCUUGCUCCCUUGAUUGCACCAACCCCGUCGAAUCAGACUGCAGAAGAACUAUCACCACGACUACGAAUCCAUAUCUCCCCAGAAAUUUCUACGGCGGCACGCCGGCUUUGGGUCCAGCUACAUUACUCUGCACCCAAGGGAACCUCGCAGGAAGAGUGGAGGAAGUCGUUGGUCAAUACCCUGGAAAACGCCCACCAUGUCGCUAACAAAGUCUUCCGAGCUGUCAUCGAAGAUUGGCAAUCUACAUCUGGAGCUGCUCAGAUGGCCAAUGGACACACUCUGGAAAACGAGGUCCGAGAUCUUGAACUGAACAAUUCAAUGGGCCUUCCCUUCUGGACUGGGAUAUACGCUGGUAGCGAGAGAUUGAUAGCUCUGCUUCACUUGGUCAAAGAGUACGCGAACACACCUACACACAGCACCAUCUACUUUCGACUUGACUCUGUGAUGGACCUUCUCACGAGGAUAUUCUCUCUCACGGUUCCCGCGUCACAAGGAACGAAGAACUGGCAGCAAAAUGUAAAGUUGAACAACCAAGUAGGAAGAGAAGAACGCGAAAGCCUAUGGGCAGUGUUACCUCGGAUACACAUUACGGCUAUUGAAGUACUGCAUUCACUCCUUGAGCGUUUCGGAGUAUCUUUACUAUCAACAGUCACCAGCAUGCUAGACCAGCUUGUCUGGGUUUACAGCGCCGAGAAAGACAUUGUCGGAGUGCGGACAGCAUUAUAUACCGCAUUGACUCAGAUCUUACACCUGUCAGGGCCGACGCUACCAAAGUCAUCCGUAGAACCGCUCAAAGCAAUAAUCUAUUCAUGCUGCAACGAUCUCCUCCCCCAGGACGCCACAACCACCCAAGCCAAGACUGCCCCAGUACCAACCAACGGCAAAGCGAAGACUCAACAAGGAUCCACAAACGCAGACACUUUUCUCACCUCCUCCACGAAGCCGAAAACCCCCCCUGCUACCUUUGCUGGUCUGCAAGCAGCGGCUAACGAUUUGCUUCCCGUGCUUCUACUCAAGUUGCCACAGAAAUAUAUUUCAGUCUCCCUUCGAGCAAAGAUCGACCGCACCGCGAUCUUGACUCGGCACAAAGAAGCAAUGAUAGCGAGUGUCUUGAAUCCGCCUCCGUCGAAGAACGCCGCAAAACCAGCCGCAAGCAUCAUGCCCCUAGUUGCGCGUAGCUUUGCUGAUAGCCUAGAUGUCGAAAGCUUGGUUAGGCCCCGGAUGCCCGUGAUAAGGACAGGAAAGGGCCGCUCUGCUGAUGACGAGGAGGAUGAAGAAGAAGACGAUGACGAGGAAGAUGAAGAAAACGUGGCUGAAAAGGAGGCCGAUGACAGUGCCGAAAAGCAUGACAUCCCCGUGGAAGAGGCUACCGACCCAACCACUCCAUCUACCUCCGCCAACCCAUUCGCCCAAGACCCAGCAACCAUAGCGAACCUAGCGAAACGCACCCACACUGAUCUCGCCCCAGCCCCACCAUCUCCCAAACGCCCAAGACUCGAGACUCCAGCAGUGGGCGAAGCUUCUCUCAAUGAUUCUCUAUCGACUCCAGCGGACGUUUCUCGGAGAGCUGAUCCAGGGGAGGCAUUUAGCGUGGAGAAAGUCUCUGCUCCUGUGCCAGCCCCUAUAGCUAACAUGGCGCCGCCGGAGCCAGCGAAGGUGGGAGGUGGAGAUAGUGAUAGCGAUGAUGAUUUUGGGGAGCUGGUGCUCGGGCCGGACAGUGAUGACGAUGAUAUAAUCUAGAUGUAAUGAGAAGAUUUCAACAUUUCAGGAGUGUUCUGUGCAACGCACGCUACACCCAAUACACCGAGUUCCAGUAACACAGCCAGCCCGCUUGUUUUUGUAAUACCCUCCCAGUGCUCCGUCGUAUAGCCAACGCUGUAUCCUGCAGUUGCCGUAAUCGCUCGUACACCGUUCACGGAUCUACCCAUUGCCCAAUACCCAAAGACUCCACAUAUACCAUACACCGCGUUAUCCCAAAAAGAAAGAAACGUCUCUUGUCUUAUCCUACACAAC